CCAAUGCCCAAUUUUUUUGCUCCCUUUAUUUUCUUCUUCUCACAAUAUAUAAAAACACCUAAGUCCCAAUUUCUCUACACCAACAAUAUUGUCUAACUAUCCUCACAUAUAAGUUAAACUUUGCUUUUGUCCCUUAGCCAAACAAUAUAGUAGCACACAAAUGGGCAAAAUAGCCACCAAAAUGCCUAAGUUUUGCCUAAAUAGGAUUAGGCCCCUAGUUCGUGUCCGAUCGCCGCAUAUUCAAUCCAAGAACGAGGAUAAUUCGACGACAAGUGGCGACGAGAGGAAAACGGAAGAGUUUUCCGGCGUCGAGAAGGGUAUUUCCGGCGAUGGAGUCGAGAAAUCGAGAGCAAUCGGUGGCCGGAAAGUGAUGGUUGUGGUCGAUUCGAGUAUGGAGGCUAAAAAUGCCUUGCAAUGGGCACUUAGUCACACAUUGCAAAAUCAUGACAUUUUGGUCCUUCUCCAUGUCAUUAGGCCUUCAAAACAAGGUGAUCAAUCAACUAUGGAUCAUAAAGUACCCGAGUUCAUCAAUACCAUCAAAACUUCUUGUCAACUUAAAAGGCCAGAGGUGGCGGUUGAGGUGGCUGUGGUGGAAGGGAAAGACAGAGGGGCGGCCAUAGUGGCGGCGGCCGGGCGGGAAGGGGCGGCAUUGCUGGUGGUGGGGCAGAAGAAGAGGUCGAUGACGUGGCGGAUGAUGCUGAUGUGGACAGGGGCAGGGCGGAGUCCAGCUGGCGGGGUGGCCGAGUACUGUGUGCAGAAUGCAGGCUGUAUGGCAAUUGCUGUGAGGAGGAAAAGCAAGAAGCUUGGUGGAUAUCUCAUCACUACCAAAAGGCAGAAGGACUUUUGGCUCUUGGCAUGAUUUUUUUAUUUUUUUCUUAAUUAUAUUUUUAUUUUUGUUAUUAUUAUUAUUAAUAUGGGAUUAGGGUUUUUUUAAAUGAGUUUAAUUUCUUGAUUUGGUGGUGGGAAAUGACAUGGAUUGU